AGUUACAAAGCCCCAUUUUCUGCAACAAUUCCUGGUAUUGGCUUUUGAGGAACAAACCAGUUUUUCACAGCACGGUAUCAAGCUCUCUGUACUACUUGUGACUUCUUCCAUGUCAGUAUUGUGAUGGUAGGAGCCUGAUGAGCCUUGAAGCUAAAAGUAUUUCCAUUUUAGCGAUAUGCCUUUUGUUAGUUUUUCCCUAACUACAUCACUAACACUAUAUUCCAACACUGACACAAUGCAUUACAUGUGAAAGGGCAUGUAAGCAGUAUCUUACGAUGAACUUGUGUAACACAUAUGUAGUCAUAGUUGGGAUAAGUAAUGAUCAAAAUAUCAAAUAUCAAAAUAUCAAUAUCAAUAGCAUUGUAUUUUUGUACACCAUUCCAUGCAUAUGCUCAUCAAUACCACACUUCACUAGUUGGGGUGUUGCCAAAGUUUUGCAGUGGUUGAUUCAUUUAAGCCACAGAAUGAACUAUGACACCCAACUGGAGGACAUUUUACAGCACAUGCUGUAACAAAUACAAACUUUGUUUGUGGAUGCAUAUUUUGUCACUUGAAUCAGUUUAACCUGAAUAGUGCAUUAUGAGAUAUGGAAAAUACAGAAUCAACCACAGUUCAGUGAAUGUGACACUCAAUGCGGCCAUAUUCACUAUAACUUUGUGUGAUUCUACAUCAGCCACAUUCGUUCAUUGUGUUUCAUUAUAUUACAUAAUUUGUUUGGUCUAAGCUGUAUGCAAAAUGGUGCAUCCAGUUUGGCAGAAAUUGAACUCAUAAUAUCUAAAACUGUACAUGUAUGUGUCUAUGAGCUCUCUCUGAAGUGGAUGGUAUGGCACCACUAUUUGGUGCACCAAUAUAAUGUUUAUCAUCUGGAAAAAAAAAAUGUGCUGUUGGUCUUGGAGUUUUUGAGGUACGGAAACUUUUGGAGAAAAAGAAAAGGUGGAGGAUGAAGGAGAAGAAAAAGAAGCAUAGAGGGUUUAACCUAAUUACUAUCUAGAAUGAGGCACCAUAGUACAAAUAAGUAACUAUCAAUUAAUAACACACCUCUACACUCAAAUUUACUCAAGCAGUUUACAUGGGCCUUACUGCACUGAGUUUGGUGCCAUCUUCUGGAGACAGACAUUUUAUUCAGAUGGACAGGAAAGAUUUUACAGCUAGAUGUUUAUCAUGCAGUAACAUUGUGAGCACCAUUAACAAGUGGGAGAGGUUUGCCUACAGAGCUUUCUGUCUUUCUUUUUUCCUAACCCUAGGUGCCUAAACCAAAAAUAAGGCUUCUCCCAUUUGUACAGCAUUAUCACACAUGCUACUGUGUUUGAUUUUAUGCAUAUGGAAAGACAGAAGAUUUUUUAGAGUAGAUAUAUGCAAAGGAUCUUCUAGAAUGCACACUGAUUGUAUAUUACAAAAUAAAUUUCAGUAGCUUAUUUCUUUACACCUAUUUUUAAAAUGUAUGAAGAUCCAAAAUGUUUACUUCGUGCUUGAAUUGUAUAAUAAGUUAUCGACUGUACUUUUUAGAGUAUAGCUAAAUGUUUCCUUCUCAUUUGCACUGACUUUGCAAGCUAAGGGUUAAGGCAGCCAGCGCCUUACGCACAGGUGUCUCGCCAGUCCUCUGUGAGACAGCGCCUGCAAACUGUUGGCGAACAGUUUUUUUUUUUCUCCCACUUUAAUUAAGUUGAUCAUAACUGUAACUCAGCCGGGGUUUGCUGUCGGACUAGACAGGCCACUGUAAUUCAUGUAGUUAGAUCUUAAGUGGGUUUGCGCACAGCAGCCCUAAUCUCUUGCUACUAUUAAACGUGGAGCGACUAACCUGGAGAGCUCUCCACAGCGAGACCGGUCUCGCACGCUCCUCUUAUCGCUAUCUUUAUGUUGCAUCCGAUUCCAGUGGUCAAACAAAUCAUUGCGCGACAGUUUGUAGAUAUUUUACAGAGUUUUUUUUUUCUUUAAAACUUUAAAGUCGUGUUAAACUUUUGGUUUUCAAGAUUUUAGUGCCCGUUUCGUUACGCGCCGGAUAUGUGGUGGAUGCUGUUUCCCCGAUGGAUUUGGUUUCUUCUGGGACAUUGUUACGCCAUACUCCUUUAUAUGGACAACUGCCGUGUGAGAGCGAUGCCCAUGUCUGUGGCAAAAGUGGUGUACUCUCACGCAGGUCUGUGCCCAAAUGACCUGAACCCCAACCUGUGGGUGGAUGCUAUGAGCACCUGCAUGCGCGAGUGUGAAUCUGACCAGGACUGUGAGUCCUUUGAGAAGUGCUGCCCUAAUGUCUGUGGUAACAAGAGCUGUGUGGCAGCACGCUAUAUUGACAUUAAGGGCAACAAGGGCCCCGUUGGAAUGCCAAAGGGCGCCACCUGCGACAAGUUCAUGUGCUCCCAGCAAGGGUCCGAGUGCGACAUCUGGGACGGCCAGCCUGUCUGUAAGUGCCGGGACCGCUGUGAGAGAGAACCCCACUUCACGUGUGCAUCUGACGGCAUGACAUAUUAUAACAAGUGCUACAUGGAUGCAGAGGCCUGUUCCAAGGGUAUCUCUAUCUCUGAGGUCACCUGCAGGUACCACCUGACCUGGCCAAACACCAGUCCACUCCCCGCGGAGACCACCUUACAUCCCACCACUGCCCUCCAGACCACCCUCCCAGCUGACAUCCAGCUCCCCACCAUACACAGCGGCCCCACCCAACAGGCUGUUUUUGAGGGUGAGACAGCGAGCUUCCUGUGUGAGGUGUCUGGGAAGCCAAGGCCAGAAAUCACCUGGGAGAAACAACUGAAGGGCAAAGAGAACACCGUAAUGAAACCCAAUCAUGUCCAAGGGAACGUCGUGGUCACCAACAUUGGCCAGCUGGUCAUAUACAAUGCGCAACUUCAGGAUGCCGGCAUCUAUACGUGCACAGCCAAAAAUGUUGGGGGUAGUGUAUCAUCACACUUUCCCUUAGUAGUGAUCAAGAGAGAAGUGAAAGGUAAGAAUGCAGAGGGGAAUAGCACCAACCUGCCAUUUCCAGCUGAAGAGUGCCUUAAGAGUGCAGACACAGAUGACUGCGGAGAAGAGAGCAUGAGCUGGUACUAUGAACCAAAGAGGAACAAUUGCUUCACCUUCACUUACAGUCAGUGCAAUAAAAACCGUAACCAUUUCGACACCUAUGAAGACUGCAUGCUGUCAUGCGGUGCAGAGCUGGCGGCUCCCUGUAGCCUACCGAGCCUCCAGGGGCCUUGCAAGGCCUAUGAGCCUCGCUGGGCUUAUAGCAGCAGCCUUAAAAAGUGCCAGUCCUUCGUGUAUGGCGGCUGUGGUGGCAACGAGAACAACUUUGAGUCUAAAGAGGCCUGCGAAGAGAUGUGUCCCUUUCCGAAGAACCACAACUGCAAGAUGUGUAAACCCCGAGCCAAGAUGGUCACCAGCUUCUGCAAAAGUGACUUUGUGAUCCUCGGGCGUGUGACUGAGCUGACUGAGGAGCAAGAGUCAGGCCACGCGUUGGUGACAGUGGAGGAGAUCUUGAAGGAUGACAAGAUGGGUCUGAGGUUCUUUGGCAAAGAGCCCUUGGAGGUGACUCUUCUGAACAUGGACUGGAACUGCCCCUGCCCCAAUAUCACUACAGCCAACGGGCAGCUCAUCAUCAUGGGGGAUGUUCACAACGGGAUGGCCGUCCUACAGCCCGACAGCUUUGUUGGCUCCUCCAGCACUCGUAGAGUCAGGAAGCUACGUGAGGUUCUCCACAAGAAAACCUGUGAUUUCCUUAAAGAUUUCUCUGCCGUCCAGUAAAGUCUCACACUCCACUGACCUCACCAGUAACUGCUAGUAAACACAAAACUAGUAAAUUAUCUGUAUCAUUGGAGGUUGCCUGUUUCAGAUGUUUUUCCAUAAACACUUCUUUUUCCUUAUUGCUCAGUAGAUCUCAGAAAAUUGCUCCUCACAGUUUUACUGUUGUCAUUGAUUCUUUUUGUCAGUUGUUUUCAUUCAUGACUUCUGUCAUGUUUUUUUUUUACUGGAAUCAAGUUUUGAUGGCCACACCUAGGGUACACUGUCUGGAAAGGGCAGUUAGAAGGGGAUUUAGUGUUAGCAACAAGCAUUUACCCUGUACAAAGUAUUUAAUCUUUAUAGUGGUUCACUAAAAUGGCAUUAUAUUUGCUCUCCAUGUUAUCUUAAACAAACUAAUAUAAUUCAUUUAGCAGUAUUUUUAUAAUAUGACUGGUACGUUUGCUUUAUGUAUUUUGUGGGUUAUCACAAAAAAAACAAUAUAAAGAAACACUGUGUAACAUCUGUCCAGAGCACUUGAGCUCACAAAGCCUCAGAUUAUGUACCAGAAUCAAAUAAGCUCUUUGGUUUCAUAUUUUGUGGAAUCUGUUUUGAUACGUUUUUAUUUUCAGUUUUUCAAUACAGAAUAUGUAUGUGGACUUCUGUACUUUGUAUUUAUUUUUUUUGAUCUAUUUCCUAGGGUAUAUAUAUAUAUAUAUAUCCCUAGGAGCAGUGUCUCUCUAUAUGAAUCUAAUUUAAUUAAUUACACAUUAAUUACAUAGAGAGCAUAUUUUUAUGUUAUAUACUAAUGUUCAUUAAAAAUUGCAAAAUGAAUAAAGAUGAUUUAGAAAA